GAGGUUGGACGUGGGAGCAGAUGACUUAGGAAACGGACGCCACGCUCUGUUACUCAAACCAACACGUGAGGAUUCUUUCAUAAAAAAAAACGGAGAGCAUGGGGCAGCAGGAAAGCCACACCGAGGAGAUGGAUUUGGCUCAGAUUCAGGAGCUGUGCAUCCUUUUCAUGAAGGAGUGUCCGAGCGGCGCCCUGCACUUACACGAGUUCAAGAGGAUGUUCGGGGUCCCGAGCAGCUCGGCGGAGGAGACGCUCUACAUCGAGACCAUAUUCCACUCCUUCGACACGAAUCGGAACAACACGCUGGAUUUCCUCGAGUACGUCGCUGCGCUUCACCUGAUCUUACGAGGCAACCUUGAAGAUCGCCUCAAGUGGUCCUUCAAGAUGUACGACAAGGAUGGAAACGGCAAGCUGGACAGGGACGAGGUGAAACGGAUUCUAAAGAUUAUUUCCAAAAUCAACCUCCAGAGGAACGACGUCAGUCUGACUCCGUCUCAGAUCUGCGACCGAAUCUUUGAGCUGGUCGACCAGAAUAACGACGGUCAGAUAACUCUGUCUGAGUUCAUGGAGGGAGCUCAGAAGGACGAGUGGGUCAUGAACCAGCUGAAGCUGGACAUCAACGCCACGGGCUGGGUGAUGCAGAACUGUGGGAAGUUACCGUGACCGUUCAGUGGAUGGGCGUGGGCGUCGUCGCCCACGUGUUUUGUUUCUUGGUCGACAGGGAGGUGCUGUCUUUGUCUUUGUACCUUCUGCCCGUGUCUCCGUGUUGAGCUUCCUGCGACUUGAAGCCGGAGCGCUGGGCUUUUGGUUUUUGUCUGAGUUUGUGCUGAGUGCAUGAAGUUUGGCAUCAGAGUGUUGUUAAAGUCUACAGUUUAACCUUUAAUAUUUUCCUGUUUUAGUGUAAGAAUAUUUAUGAAUGUAAAUAUAUACACACGUCUUUGCAGCUUUCAGAAGUUUCUACAAAGUAUUUCUACAAGUAUUUUUACCAGACAUGGUUUGAACAGGGCCGUACUGGGUAGUACUGGGGCAAUGAAACAGAUAAAAUAUCUGGUGUCUGGUUAAGACAGUCUGCAGCUCUCUUUUAUGAUCGUAGCUGAUUUUUUGUAGCAGAGAAAGAAACAUUAACAUUUUUAUAAGUGAACGUAGUCCAUUUUCAAAUCUUUCUGCUGUUGUGUUUGCAGUGCAUGUGUUGUUAAAUUGUUUUACUUUGGUUUUAUUUGUCUGUUUGCUUGUGUUUUUGUGUAUCAUACUCUCUUGGUAAAAGUAAGUCUGAAAGACACAAACAGGAGCCAGAGUCGGUGAUAAUCCUCUGUGGAGUUUCUCUUAACUGUCACUGGACUAAUAGAGCCAAGGCAAACAUGCAUCUCAUCAUGUUUUAUUUAUUAUUUGUAUAUUUUUUUGUAUAAUCGUAAGAAAAAGUGAAAACUCCUUGUGUCAUAUGUGCAUUUAAUUUGUUAAUAAAAAUAUAUUUUUACACAAA